UUCAAAGAGUUACCGUUCGUUCAGAUAUUUUCCUAUAAAACUUAGAUUUAGAAACUGGUAACAAUACAGAUCUACAAUGUCUACCUCCUAUAAUAUUGUAUUGGGCCUAGUAGCUGUUCUCUAUUUAGGCUGUGAUGCUUAUAUACCACGUAUGCUUCACGGAAGACCGAGGGGUGGCUUUGUUGGAACCCCGGGAAAUAAACACCGCCUGCUAGGUAGCUACAAAACACCUACCUUGCCACCAGAGCAGUGGUUCACCCAGAAGUUAGAUCAUUUUAAUGGUGCUGAUCAGAGGGUGUGGCAGCAGAGAUACUUCGUUAACGACACCUACUACAAGCCUGGAGGUCCAAUCUUUGUGCAGAUUGGCGGAGAGGGAGCUGCAGACCCAAUAUGGCUGGUUGAGGGUGCUUGGGUAACGUACGGAAAAGUGUAUGGCGCCUACCUGGCCAAUCUUGAGCAUCGCUUCUAUGGAAAAAGCCACCCAACAGAGGAUAUGAGCACAGAGAACCUCAGGUACCUCAGUAGUGAGCAGGCCCUGGCAGAUCUUGCUGCGUUUAUUGUGUUCCUGAAGGAAAGUUUGGGGGAUCCAGAUGUGAAAGUCAUAACUUUUGGGGGAUCAUACCCAGGGUCUCUGUCAGCUUGGUUCAGAUUAAAAUAUCCCCAUCUAGUGGAUGGAGCUGUGGCCUCAAGUGCCCCGCUGCUCGCAGAGGUCAACUUUGUUGAAUAUCUGCAAGUUGUCACUGACUCACUGAGAACAUAUGAUGGAACCGAUGCCUGCAACUCAGCCGUCCAACAAGCCACAAACAUGAUAACAGACAACCUGGCAACACUUCAAGGGAGGACACAAAUCAAGAACAUGUUCAGGCUGUGUGACUCAAUAGACCCAAACAUUCAGAAUGACAUCGCAAACCUGUACUCAACAUUUGCUGGUAACUUUGAGGGGGUUGUGCAGUACAAUAAAGAUAACAGAGCCUUUGAGGGAGCUGUGGGAUCUAACAUCACAAUUGAUACCUUGUGUGGUAUGAUGACAGAUUCUUCUCUGGGAAAUCCCCUGCAGAGGUAUGCCAAGAUCAGCAACAUGUUGCUGGACGUCUACUCCACCCAAUGCUUGGAUUUUAAAUAUGACAAAAUGAUUGACAGUAUGAGGCAGACAGCCUGGUCGUCAAGUGCAGGAGAGGGAGGUCGCCAGUGGACGUAUCAAACUUGUACAGAGUUUGGCUUCUACCAAUCAUCGGAUUACCCUAACCAACCUUUUGGUCAUAGUUUCCCUAUUAAGUUCUGGACUACCCAGUGUCAAGAUAUCUUCGGCAGCAGCUUUAACGAUGCCUUAAUUAACGCCACAGCUAAGAGGUCUAAUGACGAUUAUGGUGCACUCGGCAUUAAAGUGUCCAAAGUUUUAUUUCCAAAUGGUUCCAUAGACCCAUGGCAUGCCCUGGGCGUGACCCAAGAUUUGAACCCUGAUGCCAGAGCUAUAUACAUCAAUGGCACAGCACACUGUGCCAACAUGUAUCCCUCCUCACCUGAUGACCCCAUUCAACUGGUCCAGGCUAGGAAAGAGAUUCAGUACACGAUAGGACAAUGGCUUCAAAGUUAAAUGGGAUAAGUUUUACUGCAUUUUGAAUGGUUGUUGAUUGAUUUUUCAACGUUUUUAAAUAGGCUGUGUAGAGUGGAAUACAAUUUGCAUAAUAUGACAGGGUAUUUGUAAUACUAGGUUGUAUUUCCUAAUUAACUAAUCACAUUACAUUUAAUUAAAUGCUGCUUUAGCUUAUUGUAAUUAAUAAUGUUAUGAAUAAGCUGAGGUUUAUUUGUGUAUUUCUGAUGAAAUUGUUUUAAUUGUUCCAUGUGAUUAAAAUAUAUCAAUCUUGUUUUUU